AUGGUGAAACUAGCAUCAGCAAGAGAGAGUAGAAUGUACGGGCCAGGGCUAGCUAGAAAUAGAGGAGAAUAUAUGAACGCAGGGCUCUGUGUGUUUGCAGCUAUUGUACUUGUUGGUGGGUUUGUGGCUGAAUUGUCAAAGGAACCCAAGUCAGGUCUUGUGCUUUUGCUUAUAGGUCUCCUACUUAUCAUGGUGGUUAAUCUUCAUGAUCUUGUUGCACAUCUAGCCGGGAUUGAUUAUCGGUUUCCUUUAAUGGGGUUUGAUACACAGCUUGCACUUGUUGAGUUUGCGGUUCCUGUGGUUCAGGCCUCGGGGGCUUUGCUUUCUUUCUUGGGUAUUCUUUUUCUUUUUAUUCAAGUUUUGGAAAUAGCAGGCAAGACUUGGGUCUGGACAGGCAUCUGUGGAAGUCUAAUGAUUUUUAUAGGGGGAUUAGCAAACGCAGUCAAGGUGUUCAAGAUGCAGCAAAUUGAUGGACUACGGUUAGAGAAAUUGAGAGGAGGGGCUCAAGAGCGUUUGAUACGAGAGAGGGACGGUCACUCACCACUCAUCCUAGAAGAGGAGAGGAGAAGGAAAAUGAUAGCAGCGGAAACGAGAGCAGCUCAUAUUCCUGCAACAACUCCUUACAGGGAUGUGCUUGUUGGCCAGCCAUGA